AUGUUCACGAGCUCCUCCGCCGCCGCCGACAACAACCUCCAUGGUGUGACAUCCACCCCUUCAUUCAUCAAGAUCACAUCAAUUUUCCUCCUAUCAUUUUCCCUUUUCUUUAUCUUCAAACACUUCUCUUUUGAUGCCACCUCUACUACCCCCACCACCUCACUUCUAGAGCGCCAACUUUCUUUCUUCCCAGCCACCACCACCAACUCCACCAGCAAAGUCCCAUUUCCACCACCACCUCCGCCGACACCCCGGCAGCAGGGGUUUGAGAGGACUGGAAUAGUUGACCAGACCGGUACCAUGACGGAGGACUUCAUAGUCGGAGAAUUCGACGAGAGUCUGAUACAGAGUGUGAUGGUGAAUGAAAGUGAUUACCAACUAGAAAAUUACAAGGAAAAAGUGGUUAAAGUUGACAAAUUCAGAGUUUGUGAUUCGAGUACGAUCGACUACAUUCCUUGUUUGGAUAAUAUGGAGGCAAAUUCGAGGUCGAAUUCCUCGGAGAAAGUCGAGAAGUACCAGAGAAAUUGUCCUCAAGUUGGAAAAGGAUUGGACUGUUUGGUGCCUAGGCCUAAAGAUUACAAGCUUCACAUUCCAUGGCCUAAAAGCAGGGAUGAGGUCUGGUAUGAUAAUAUACCUCAGACAAACUUGGUCGAAGAUAAAGGAUGCCGAAAUUUGAUAUCGAGACAAGGUGAUAAGUACAUAUUUUCAGAUGGCCGAACACAAAAUAUCUGUAGUGCUAAUGAACACUUGGAUCAGAUUUCCAAGAUGGCUCCUGAUAUUGCAUUUGGGAAACGUACGCGGAUUGCCUUAGAUAUUGGUUGUGGAAUGGCGAGUUUUGGUGCAUAUUUGAUGGAGCGGAAUGUAACCACUCUGUCAAUAGCUCCAACAGAUGUUCAUAAUAACCAGAUUCAAUUUGCACUUGAACGAGGUGUGCCUGCCAUGGUGGCAUCAUUGGUAACACGUCGUUUGCCUUAUCCGAGCCAGGGUUUUGAUCUGAUUCAUUGUUCAAGCUGCGGAAUCAAUUGGGCUCGUGAUGAUGGACUUUUGCUUCUCGAGCUAAACAGGAUGCUGAGGGCAGGGGGAUAUUUCAUUUGGACUGCACAACCAGUUUAUGAACAUGAAGAUAACCUAUUAGAUCAAUGGAGAGCGAUGGAGGAUCUUACUAGCAGUAUGUGCUGGGAACUCGUAGAGAAGGAAGGGUAUAUUGCCAUAUGGCAGAAGCCACUAAACAACAGCUGCUAUCUCAGCCGUGAUUCUGGUGUACAGCCUUCAUUAUGUGAAGCAGACAAUAAUCCAGAUAACAUCUGGCACGUAAAUCUGGAGUCAUGCAUAAGCCGUUUACCUGAUAAUGGUUACGGAGCUAAUGUUACUAACUGGCCUGCACGUCUGCAUUAUCCACCGGACAGACUUUUUAGCAUAAAAAUGGAUGCUGAAAAGUCUAGGAAGGAAAUUUACAAAGCGGAUUCAAAAUACUGGAAUGAGAUUGUAAGUGGAUAUGUUAAUGUUUUUCACUUGAAAGACAUGGGUGUGCGCAAUGUGAUGGACAUGAAAGCUGGAUAUGGAGGGUUUGCAGCUGCUUUACAUGAUCUCAAGGUUGAUUGCUGGGUUAUGAAUGUUGUUCCUACCAGUGGUCCAAACACAUUACCUUUAAUUUAUGAUCGUGGCUUGAUUGGAGUAAUGCACGAUUGGUGUGAGCCCUUCGAAACAUACCCAAGAACAUAUGAUCUGCUGAAUGCUGUAGCCCUUUUCUCUGCUGAACGAAAAAGAUGUAACAUCACAAACAUGAUGCUGGAGAUGGAUCGAAUCUUAAGACCAGGUGGACGUGCUUACAUUCGGGACACUAUAUCGGUCAUUUAUCAACUACAAGAAAUUGCUAAAGCAAUGCGAUGGGUGACCUUUAUGUUUGAUACUGACGAGGGUCCAAAUUCGACCUGGAAACUUUUGACUUGCGAGAAACGUCUAUAA